AUGAAACAAUUAAAUAUAUAUCGUUUCCAAUACUUUACAACUCUUAAAGAUCAAAAUUUUUGUAUAAUAUUUAACAUUAUACAUCAUCUUACAUGGAAUAAUGUUCUGUCAGAGAUUCCAACCAAAAUCCAGAAACUUUAUAUUGAUAUGACUUAUUUAAAAAUACCUAAAUCUAUAGGAUUUUUAUUUUCAAGAAAGGACCAAAUAUCGACGGCCUUAGUUAGAUCAUUAAUUUUAAAAUGUCUAGAAACAAAAAUAUCAAAAAUAACUUUUUACGAUCCUUGGAAUAUAUUGUCAUUCUAUGAACAUGAGAUUCAUUGCGAAGUUGAAAAAAUUUUUAAUGUUUUGAAAAGAAAGAAUGGCGACAAUUUAUAUAAAGACAAUUAUGUAAAAAUUUUGAUCAUUGGUUCAAAGGAUGUACCAUCAAUUUGGUCGUCAACAACAAAAGAAUUAUGUACUUCUGAUUUUCCAAUUUGUCAGAAGCGUAUAGAAGAACAAUUAGAGAAAAAUUAUAUUUAUGAAAUUGAUUUAUUAAUCAAAAUAGGAGAUAUACCGUCAUUAUGUGGUUAUCCUUGUUGGGUUUUAAAUUUAGCUGAAAUAAUAAAUAUCAAACAUUUUAAAAAUAAACAUUUUGUUAGUGAUAGUGAAUUUAACAACUUUCUCAUCACUUUCUCUAAAAGAGAUCGUCGACAUGGAAAGUAG